GAACAUGGCCACCAUCGUCGGCUGGAUAAGUGAGUCCGUCCGGGAGAUUUUGACGAUCUCUGGGCUGAAUCUGCAGUCUUUUCUUGUCUUCUGUACGGUCUUCAUUCUGGCGUGUUUCCUCUUGAAGCGCCGCAGAAACCUACCCCCCUACCCCGCAGGACGCGUGCCUGUUCUCGGGCACCUCCUCGCCUUGGGCCGAGCGCCUCACCUCAAGCUGACGGCGUGGGGGCGGCAGUACGGGGACGUCUUCACCGUAAGGAUGGGGAUGGAAGAUGUGGUGGUUCUGAACGGCUACACUGCCGUCAAGGACGCGCUCGUGGACAGGUCCGAGCUGUUCGCCUCCAGGCCGCCAAUGUACCUGCUUGAUGCGAUGGUUGAUUUUGGAAAAG